CUUAUUUAUCACCUCUAUAGGUAUCACAUCCCACUCCUCCUCCCACUGUCGCUUGCACUCUAUCCUAGUGCAGCUUGGCGUGAAAUCCUAAGUCACAUAACGUUAAAUCUAUGGCCAGGCAUGCUCAGAUGCAUUAACGUUGGGUAAGUGGCUAGGCCACCACAUGCGCUCUAUACGCUCUACAGUACAGUAAUUGCGGGCUAUUCGUGAUUUGUGAGCUAGAGCCCCAUCCUGUAGUAGUAUACAGCGUAAUCCCUUCCUUUUAAGUGAAUUAAUCUAUAGGGUAAUGCUCUUAAGUGCACCCUCGCAAUGCCUGUACCCAUCAACACCCCCAUUAUCACGCCCCCCACGCUUAUAGUCAUACUAAGAGGGUACAUAUUGCUUCUUUCUAGUGUUGUAACAGUAAUUAAUAUUGUUCUCUUGUAUUACUGCAAGUGCCUUGCGCGCGUUGCCCUAGAGUGUGUUGUCAUUGUGCUUGCGCUGUGCAUUCUCCUUUGCUAACGCCUCCUCUGCUAACUGUUUUUGUGCUGCUGUCUCUUUAAAAUAGGUAUAGCAAGGGCCCUUAUAGUUAUAACAAAAGGCUCUGUAGAAUUGUAGGCAACAAGCGCAGCA